AUGUGUUUGUGUUUCGCAUUGAUUGUUGUGCUUUCCACAAAGAGAAUCUUUACAAUUUUUUUGUCCGAUUCACCUCUCGCGUUCCUUUCGAAUCCCAUCUAUCAUAACCGUGUCUUAAUCUUCUCUAUCUCUCUCUCACUCUCUCUCUCUCUCAAUCUCUCUCUCUUUCUUUCUCUCUUUCUCACUUUCUCUCUCUCUCUCUCUCGUUCUCUCUCUGCUUUAUUUCUGUCUUACACACACACACUUUUCACACCGAUAUCCGUCUUUAUAUUUUAUUCUCCUCUUUCUGAUUUCUUUGUUCCUCACUUCUUUCUUUUCUUUUUUUCUUCUUUCUUUCUUUCUUUAUUUCUCACCACUUUCUUUCUUUCUUUAUUUCUUUCGUUCUCUGUUCCCCACUUGUUUCUUUCUUCCCCAUUUCUUUCUUUCUUUCUCACCUCUUUCUUUCUUUCUUUCUUUCUUUCUCACCGCUUUCUUUCUUUUUCUUUCUUUCUUUCUUUCUUUCUUUCUUUCUUACUUUCGUUCGUUCGUUCGUUCGUUCUCUGUUCCAUCUUUCUUUCUUUCUUUCUUUCUUUCUUUCUCACCUCUUUCUUUCUUUCCUUCUCACCUCUUUCUUUCUUUCUUUCUUUCUUUCUUUCUUUCUUUCUUUCUUUCUUUCUUUCGUUCGUUCGUUCGUUCGUUCGUUCGUUCUCUAUUCCCCACUUCUUUCUUUCUUCCCCAUUUCUUUCUUUCUUUCUUUCUUUCUUUCUUUCUUUCUUUCUUUCUUUCUUUCUUUCUUUCUCACCUCUUUCUUUCUUUCUCGCCUCUUUCUUUCUUUCCUCUCUUCUCUCUCACCUCUUUCUUUCUUUCUUCCCCAUUUCUUUCUUUCUUUCUUUCUUUCUCACCUCUUCCUUUCUUUUUUUCCUUCCUCACAUCUUUCUUUCUUUAUACUUCGCUUCUUUCUUUCUUUACUUUUUUCCUCUCUCUAACCCUAUUUUGCUACUUACACUCUUUCCGCCCUUCGUUUUUCUAUUUACUCCUCUUCGCUUUGAUGUUCUUCUCUCUGUUUCUCUCUUUCUCUCUCGAGCACCCCCCCGCUCUCUCUCGCCCCCGCCUCUCCCCCUCUCUGGCCAAUGGGCCAUCGUUGGUGUUGGUUACUAUGAUCAAUGCAGUCCCUGA